AUGGAUGAGGGAGAUGUCAAUGCGCUGGAGGCUGUGACCGAUACCCUUGAAGAUAUCACAGCGGAGGACUUUGACCACAAAAGAUGGAUCAACAAGGCGAUGGAGUCUGUCAGCGCUGCGGAGAACCCCGAGGCUUCUCUCACAAGCCUCGUACUAAACCUCCAAUCUGCUCUCGACCGCACCUUUUCAUUCCACCUCACCUCACCUGAUUCUGAUGUCUCUGUGCUCUCUAGGUUUAUGCGGGAGAUGGAGUCAGUUAAACGGAAUGUCCUUCUCCUAAAGGACCAUAUGGCUGGUAUUCAAACUGAUUUCCGGAAG